AUGGCCCGACUUCCUCCCCCGGACAAUCCAAACAUGUCGAAGCUUUCAGGUGGCCUCAAGGCGUUGAUCAAUGCCCCGACAGCUCGCCCCUUCACUGUGCCCGCUCCGGCAAACAUAACCUCGGUCUACCAGAAGAUUCAGCAAACGGCGCAAUCCAACCAGGUGUCACAACCAUCAUGGGUCGCACUAUCGACUGCAGCCACAAUGACCAUGAACUCCCCGGAGUCCCUCACGGCCUUGUUCGAGCUAGCCGGCGCAGAGAAGCCCGUCGAAACCGCCGAGCUGAUCCGGGAAGUGGGACUCAAAUGCAUCAGCUUCAAUGGCAUUCCUCGCACCAUCAACUGCCUCGGGGCCUUCAAGUCUAGUUUGCCGGAGGCAGUGGACGACAAGCUCUCGCGCACGCCCACCCGCACCCCUACCCCGGAGAAUAUCUCGGGCAUCAGUGAGCGGGGCCAUGCGCUCUGGGACUCCAUUUACCGACCCUUCGAGAAGAAGCUGUUCAACAAGCUGGCGGAGUCUCAUCCUGACUUGCCCGUGCAUAUAUUGCAUGCGAACUAUGGUGCGCUGCUUUCCGACCCGGAGCGUGGUACGGGCGCGUCGGCAGGACGUAUUUUGACCUCCAUUGUGGCUGUGGCGUGUCUGCGAUCUCAGACCGGCGUGGGACCCCAGGUCACCUCGCAUAUUUUCGGAUUACGGAAGGCGCUCGAGGAUGGAUCGUGGGCCAGUGAUGUCGAGGGGGAGCAGGGGGCGCGAUGGCUAGCGAGUGACGAAGGAAAUACGUGGAUAUUGGAGAGUGUCGACUCUAUUGUGGAAGCCAUCGGACAAGGUCAGGGUUCAAACUUCGCUCCAGGGCGAGCGAAACUGUAG